GGCGGUGGUUUCCGGUUCCGCGGGGCUGGCGGGCGGGCGGGCAGCCGGGAGCUGCGGCGGAGUCGGAGUCUGACAGACAAUGAGGAGGGCGGCGGGGCGGCCCUGAGUGGCGUUGGCGGCGGCGGAGAGCGACGCGGGACCCGGGGGCGGGGCGGGGCGCCAGCCAUGGACAAUCAGUGCACUGUCCAGGUCAAGUUAGAGCUGGGGCACCGUGCCCAACUGCGCAAGAAGCCCACCACGGAGGGUUUCACCCAUGACUGGAUGGUGUUCGUCCGUGGCCCGGAACAAUGUGAGAUCCAGCACUUCGUGGAGAAGGUGAUCUUCUGGCUGCACGACAGCUUCCCCAAGCCGAGGCGCGUGUGCAAGGAGCCCCCCUACAAAGUGGAGGAGUCGGGUUAUGCUGGCUUCAUCAUGCCCAUCGAGGUGCACUUCAGAAACAAGGAGGAGCCCAGGAAGGUUUGCUUCACCUACGACCUGUUCCUGAACCUGGAGGGCAACCCGCCCGUGAACCACCUGCGCUGCGAGAAGCUCACCUUCAACAACCCCACCACUGAGUUCCGGUACAAGCUCCUGAUGGCUGGCGGGGUGAUGGUAAUGCCCGAAGGAGCAGAAACGGUGUCCAGGCCCAGCCCCGACUACCCCAUGUUACCCACAAUUCCACUCUCUGCCUUCUCUGACCCCAAGAAGACCAAACCGUCCCACGGCUCCAAGGACGCCAACAAGGAAAGCAGCAAGGCCUCCAAGCCGCACAAGGUGGCCAAGGAGCACCGUGAGAGGCCCCGCAAAGACUCGGAGAGCAAGAGCUCCUCCAAGGAGCUAGAUCGCGAGCAGGCCAAGAGCUCCAAGGAUGCCGCCCGCAAGCUGGGCGAGGGUCGGCUGCCCAAGGAGGAGAAGGCUGCACCACCCAAGGCUGCAUUCAAGGAGCCCAAGAUGGCCCUGAAGGAGACCAAGCUAGAAAGCAUGUCCCCCAAGGGGGCACCCCAGCCCCCCGCCUUGCCCAAGGCCUCCAGCAAGCGGCCAGCCACUGCGGACUCACCGAAGCCCAGCGCCAAAAAGCAGAAGAAGAGCAGCUCGAAGGGGUCGCGCAGUGCCCCCAGCACCUCACCUCGGGCUGCGACCUCCUCCUUCCCAGACAAGAAGCCAGCCAAGGACAAGAGCAGCCGUGGUGAGAAGGUGAAGGCAGAGAGCGAGUCCCGAGAGCCCAGGAAGGCACUGGAGGCAGAGGAGUCCAACUCCGAGGACGAGGCCUCCUUCAAGUCAGAGUCUGCCCAAUCAAGCCCGUCCAACUCCAGUUCCAGCUCAGACUCCAGCUCAGACUCGGAUUUCGAGCCAUCUCAGAACCACAGCCAAGGGCCCCUGCGCUCCAUGGUGGAGGACCUGCAGUCCGAGGAGUCGGAUGAGGACGACUCUUCAUCCGGAGAGGAGGCCCCCGUCAAGGCCAACCCGGGCCGGGACUCCAGGCUAAGCUUCAGCGACAGUGAGAGCGACAACAGUGCUGACUCCUGCCUGCCCGCCCGUGAGCCCCCACCUCCCCAGAAGCCACCCCCACCCAACAGUAAGGCACCAGGCCGGAGGAGCCCUGAGCCGUGCAGCAAGUCGGAGAAGAUCCUGAAAAAAGGCACCUACGACAAGGCCUACACGGAUGAGUUGGUAGAGCUGCACCGGAGGCUGAUGGCGCUUCGGGAACGUAAUGUGCUGCAGCAGAUCGUGAACCUGAUUGAGGAGACAGGGCACUUCAAUGUCACCAACACCACCUUUGACUUCGACCUCUUCUCCCUGGACGAGACAACAGUGCGCAAGCUGCAGAGCUACCUGGAGGCCGUGGCCACAUGACCCUGGGCCGGGCGCCGGGCCCUGCCAGCCGGGUCCCGAGAGGCCGCGCUGCGGCCCCACCUGCCUUCCUCUCCACUCACCUGCCUGCAGCACUGCCUUAGUGACACCGCCCCUGGCCCUCACAGCCAGCUGCACUUUCUGGGGUGGCUCCCUUCCGACUGGCCCCCCACUCGUCAGGGGACCCGGGGGCCCCGGGGCCAGGUGACCCAGGCCUGGGCCGCCGCUCAGCUGUGCACACCGUCCCCCGGAACCCCCUUGAAAGGUGGUUUGUGUUGAAGGCAGCGUAGGGCCUGGCUCUGGGAAGGGCACCUCACCCCGCCCGGGGCCCAGCCCCCCAGCCUGUCCCCUGCCCCGUGCUGGGCCGCGUGGCACCAUGUCACUGCCGGGACCUCCCUCUGCAGCCAGGGCAUCCAGCCGCCCGGAACGGUUCCCGGGAGGCCCGCCUCCCGCCGAGGGACUCCAGGCGGCACGUGUGCGCACAUGCGUGGCAAGGCCGGCCUCGCCCUCCGCGCCGCGCCGCCCCGCCCCUCGAGCCUCCGCUGUACAGCUGUGUAGAUUAUUAUAUGUGUGCUCCCGCGUCACGAGCGGCUCCCUGUGCGUUUCUGUGGCCGGUGCACGUGGGGGUGGGGGGUGGGCGUGUAGGUUACUGUGUCUGAGUCUGUGUUCCGGGCGGCCGCCAGGGCCCCGGGAGCUGCCCAUGGUGGUGCCCUCCCCCCCCCCCCCGCAUCCUCUUCCUCCCCUUGUGUUGAUCAAGUCUUCAAACUUGGAAAAAAUAAUGAGCUUUUGCCAAAUAAGAUGGGAUCGCUCGUGUCCGAGGCGAGGCUGCAGAGCCCAGGUGAGUGGCAGGGGCGUGGCCCCACUUUGGCCACGCCCCUGCCUCUGGCCACGCCCCCUGGCCGCGCAGCCUCCCCGCCCCGGCCUCCACCUCCAUUGCUGUGGUCCUCACUGGCCUCCCAGAGACUUCACUCUCGUCCUCCCCAGACUGUCCAGGGCCAAGCCCCUCACCUUCCAGGGUACCCAGCCCUUAUGCCGUUAGCACCCUGGGGGGCCCCGGGCCCCCACUCAAGGCUCCUUAGCCCCUCUUGACUUCAGAGUCAUCCCAAGCGUUCACGCUCUGUCCACGAUGUUCGAGAGAGGACCGGGGACCCCAGGGGACCCCACGCUGCUCUGGGAUACAUUGCUCUCCACGAGGAGUGUGGUGAGGCCCCACCCUGCGCUUCUGGGGGACUUCCGCCUCCAAGGCUCCCCCAAGCCCCUCCAGCCCACUGCCUCGGCGCCAGCGCCCCAGCCCAGGCAGGCCGACAAUACUCCAACGCUGGCAACUCCAAGACAUUGGACGGCAGAACUCGGCAUCACGGCAGCUGUGGCUCCGAGGCCGCGUGGAGCUGGUCUUCCUCUUCCCAGGACGGCCGGGGUCCGUGCCGCCCCCCAGGCCUCCGGAAGCCCCAUGUCUUCUCCGUUACCUCCACCGCCCUCCCGCGCCAAGCCGGGACGCCGCCGGGGCCCGCUGCUCCUGCCCCUGCGGCGGCCGUGUGCCUCGAGGAAGCCACGCGCACGCCGCGGAUGGAUGCCCAGCACCGGGCACCGGGAUGAGGAGGAGCACGUUUGUAACGAGUUACAGGAUUGUUUCUGUCCUGGAUUUUAAACUUUUUUUUUUUUUUGUUAAAUUGUGAAUUGAUGGAGGAGUUUUAUAGGAAAAAAAAGUGAAAUAAAGUCCAAU